AUGUCAUCCACGCAAGAGAAAUUGACACGUUUGACCGGUCUAGAGCAAUACGGCAAAGCUAGUUCCGCUAAGGUGGAACCGAAGAUGACUUGUUACUGCCUAUCUGGUUGGUAUAUGCGAUCUGAGCAGCUCAUCCCCGCAGGUACGAGCAUGUUCGGUAGAGCACGCGGAGAUCUGCACAAGCAAGCACGGGUACUUCGAAGGAGAACAAGCAAGCACACCGACGAUGCUUAUCAUCUCAUCUUCAACGCAGACUCGGAUGAUAUCAAUGCGCCUUUCGAGAUCACCCCGCGAGUGCUCAAAAUCCAGUUCCCGCCCUUGCCAAGCCAGGAUUGA